AUGUCAAGUUUCCCUAAGCUCAGGAAGCUUCAGGACGAAACCGAUGAAAAUGGUUCAACAAUACCCCCUGUCAAACGUUUCAACAAACAGAGAAAACCAACCCCCAAUGACUUGUUGUCACAAUUACCAGCGUUGUCUAAGCGUGUUAGUAAAGAACGGUUAAGAGAGGGUCCAGAUUCCAAUAAUUCCGCGAUCGCGCCACCAAUAAACCCUGGUCAUCAGAGUAAUGAACGAGAUUUGAACUUCACAGUCAAGCUCUCACAGAACUUGAUUGUGCAAACUAGAAAGUUGCAAGCCGAAAGUAAAAUGAAGGACCAAAAGAUUUUGGAACUUACAAAGCAAAAUAAAGCGUUGAAUACCAACGUUACAAAUUUACAAUCAAAAGUGUCGGAUUUAAGUAAUAGUGAACAAAUGUUAGACGAUACCAAUUGGCAGUUGAAUUUGAAUUAUCAAGAGAAUUUGUCUGAUUUGAAAAAAUACAAGGAACUCUACAUGAAAAUGAACAAAGAUUUGACCAUUUUGAACAAUACCAAUAAUGACUUAGCUCAACAGAACGACGAAUUGAAUUUGAAAUUGAAGAGUUUGAAUGAUAAUUAUGCCGGGGUCAAAACUUCAGGCGACUCCAAAAUCCAGGAAUUGGAAGCGCAUAUCGAUGAAUUGAAUACAGAAAAUAAUGAAUUGACCGGUAAAAUCUCCAAUUUACAAGAGGAGAUCUCAGGCGGUAACUCUGACGGUAACAAAUUUCCUAAACUUGUUAACCACAUUCCGGAUUUGAAAUUCAUGAGUAGACAACAUGACUCGUCGAAUGGUGCCAACGAAUCUAUGGACAACAUAUUUUCCGACGAGUUCAAGGAACCAAAGGGCUCGCCGAUCAAACAGAAUGCCGGAAGAAAUAUCCAAUUGGAAUCUCAAACGGUAAAAGCUAAUUUAGAUCAUGCGCAUCAAGUAAUUUCUAGAUUAAGAGGUCAGCUUUUGAAAUAUAGACGCGAGAAUCUUGGUUCUAACUCGAAUUUCUCGCCUGCCGCUAAUACCAGUGUUGAUAAUGCCGAUGCUUCACAAAUUUCUACUUCCUACAAUAAGAAAAUGACCUCUUUUGCCAGUUCCAAAGCAGGUUUCAAGCAGAAAGCUAAAGAUAUUAAAUUGCAAUCUGGAUCAAAGAAGACACCUAAGUACAAAAUAAUCGAUGAUGAAACAGAUAAGCUAUUGAUGGGUACUGAAAACUGGUUGGAUUAUGACCCAAGUGAACAUGAAAUUAGCAGUAGCGAAGAGGAAGACUUUGACAAUUUCGGCAUUGAUGAAAGUAAUUCAUUCAAUAGUAAUCAACUUCCAAGCUUUUCUGAGCCUACCGCUCAAUCAUCAUUCAUUGAUUCAAGUAUGGACAAGAGCAUUAGUGGAGAUAGUAUGAAUCAAAAGAAAAUUGUUGAUGAUUAUGUGAAGAAGCAUAACUUAAUGCUAGUUCCUGUUGAUGAAUACCAAUCGGGUAUGGUCCCAUCUGCUACCCUUACGAACCUUAAUGAAUUGCUGAAUGACGUGAAAACUGCCGAGCCAUUAAAGGACAAAAAGAGCAGAAAAUCUUUGGGUGAUGAAUUAUACGAAGUGCAAAAUUUCAGCGAAUCAGAUAUUGACAUUGCUAACAGCAGCCUUAUUGAUGAAGAUGACCUUGAGUUCAUGGAUGAUUCAAUGAUGGAAUCCUCAACUAAGGAAAGAGAUGAUUUUGUUGCUGUCAAUAACAAUAAAGAGAUCAAGCAGGCAGAAUUUGAGUCCUUGAAAUCUGAGAAUGAGAAGUUGAAGAACUUUUUGGAAGAAAACAAGGUUAAUAGAGAUAAUAUUCAUAAAUUCGCCGCUGAGUAUGACUUGAAAGCUAUUAGCAUAUCUGAACUUGACGAAUUGAGCAACAGUAAAAAAUCGUUGAAUGUGGAGAAGGCUAAAUUGGAAGACAAAAUAAAAGAAUUGAAAGAAGCAAACUCUAAAUUGAAUGAAGAAUUGAAGUCUUUGAGUGAGUCUCACAAAUCAUUCAUUAGUGGCAUAUCAGGGGAGCAUUCUAGGGAAUUGGAUAAUGUUCAUUCCAAGCAUGCUACUGAAUUGAAGGAUUUGGAUAGUCAAAAAUCAUUGGUUGAUGAGGAAUUGAAGUCAUUGAUGGCCAAAUUUGCUGCUGCAGAAAAAGGAAAUAAGGAAUUGGUUUCACAAUUGGAAAAUGUUAAUUCUUCUAAUACCAAAUUUAAAGAACAGACUGAAAACUUGAGAUCAGAAUCUAAUUUAUUGAAGACUGAAAACCAAGACUUGAAGUUCAAGAUUGAUGAAAUGACAUUCCAAUCUAAUACUACCGCUAAGAAUUACAAUAUAUUGGAAGAGAAAUAUGAAGAAUUGAAAUCUCAGCAGAAGUCUUUGUCUAGUGCUUAUGAUGAAUUGUCAACCAAACACAAAGACAUUGUUUCAAAGAAUGAAUUGUUGGUGGCAGAAGUUUCCAACUUGAAGGAAUGUCAUUUGAAGGAUUUGGAAGCUAUAAAAGCAAAGGAUUUGGCAAUGCAAGAAAUUCAAUCUAAGCAUAAUGCUUUGAUAAAAACUCAUGAUGAAGCACAAUCAUUACUUAAAACCAAGAAUACGGAAUUGGAAAACCACAAGAAUAUGAUUAAUGAAAAGGAAGCUGAAUUCUCUGAGUUAAAGAAAACGCACGAAACUUUAUCUACUAGUCAUAGUUCGACUACCUCCAAAUUGACAGCUGCUGCCGCCUCUUUGGUUGCAUUGGAAGGUGCCCACGCUUUAUUGAAGAAAGAUCAUGAUAAUUUAAAGAGCGUUCAGAGCUCAGCUAAGAAGCUGACAGAGUCACUUCAAUCUAAGGUGGAGUCAUUGACCAAAAAGAAUGCCGAACUUGAAUCAAGUAUUACAUCAUUGAGAAGUAGCAACGAAAUGGUUAAAGCUGAUUACAAGUCUGUUUUGAACAAAAACAAAUCAUUGAGAGAGAAGAUCUCCGCAUAUGAGCUUGAACUUGAAAGUUAUGGUGACAAAGUUUCUGAAGUGGAAUCUGAACUUGAAUCGAUCAAGAAAGAAAAAGACUCUGUUAUUGCUGAACACAGUUCCACUAAGGGUGAAUUGGAAAAGACAAAGUCUUCUAUGGAUGACUUGUCGAAUAUGUACAAGGGUUUGAAGGAAAGUAGCGAAGAACUCUCAGUUGCUUACAAGUCUUUGAAUGAUAGCCAUAGUGAAGUCAAUGGUAAAUUCACCGAUAUUUCAACUAAAUUUUUGGCUCUCACCGCUGCCCAUGAAGCAUUGGGUUCUAAAAACAGCACUUUAGAAAAUGAUUAUUUCUCAUUGGAAUCUAAAAACAAGAACUUGGGUACACUUAAUGAAGAAAAAGAGAGUAAGAUAAAGGAAUUAUUGGAAAAUAUUGGUAACUUGAAUUCAAGUAUCGAUAAAUUGAAGAAAUCACACGAGAAAGAUUUGACUGCCUCUGCUGCCAAGGUUGAUUCUCUUGAGACUUCUUACAAGGCGUUGACUGAAGAAAAGAGUUCAAUUACCAAUGAUCAUAAUAAGUUAAAGGAAUUGCAUGCCAGUGUGGUGGAAGGUCUCAAGGGAGAUAUUUCCACAUUGUCCAAUAAGCAUAAUGAAUUAAUCUCUUCUCACAAGGAGCUUGAAAAAUCGAUCGUUACUAAGGAAAAAGAUUUAUUAACGUUGAAGGCAAGCCAUUCAACAAGUAUUGCUGAAUUGCAAGACAAGGUAAAGGCUCACAUUGAUGAAAUGGAUAAAUUGAGAACAUCAAAAUCAAGUGCUGAAGAAACUGCAAAAGCAAAGGAUGCAGAAAUUGCUGAAUUACGCCAAUCUAUCACAAGUUAUGAAAGUGAUGUUGCUUCUAAAGAUUUGGAAAUGAAGAAUUUGAAGGAUUCUUAUAAAUCAUUGAGUAAUGACCAUUCUUCAGUCACUGAUAAUCUUAAAAAGACAGCAGCUACUUUGAUUGCAUUAGAAGGCGCCCAUGAACUAUUGAAGAAGAAUCUCGAUCAAUCGAAAUCAUCCGCCAAAUCUUUGGAUUCUGAAUUGUCUAGCUUGAAAUCAAGUCACGAAACUCAAACUGGUCAAAUUGCUGCAUUGAAUAAGAAUAUCAAAGACUUGACUACUGAAAGGGAUACUUCUAUUGAGAAACUUGAAGCGGAACGCAAGAUCAAUGAAUCUUUGAAAGAUACUCUCGAGAAACAAAAGAAGGAUUUGUCAAAUGCCGCUGAGAAACACCAAGUUCUAUUAACAGCACACGAGAAGAGCAAGUCAGAAUUAGAAGAUAUGAAGGCUCAAUUAGAUGAUUCUAAUAAACAAAACUUGGCUGUGAUUGCUGCAAAGGAUAAACUUGCGGAGACUCAUGUUGCCUUUGUUGAUACCCACAAUUCUUUGCUUGCCUCUCAUGAAUCUGUUAAAGGAGAAUUAACCAAAAACAAUUCUCUUCUUUCAAAAUCAGAUGCCAAGAUCAAAGAAUUAUCCGAUAAAAAUGGUGAAUUGUUGAGAAAUCACGGCGAUGCCGUUGGUAAAUUGGAAUCGUUGAUGAAAACUCAUAAGGAUCUCGACGACAAGUACAGUGAUCAAAUGAAACAAUUCGAAAGUUUGACAACCACCCAUGAAGAUUUGGUUUCUAAUAACAAGUCUCUUCAUGGUAAAUAUGUUGCAUUGAUUUCAAAGCAGGAUGGUUUGACCUCUAAACACGAUGAAUUAACUUCCAAAUAUAAUGAAUUGACUUCUCAACACAAGGAAUUGGCCUCUGAGCAUGAUAUUAUUACUUCCAAAUAUGGUCAAUUGACUUCCCAACAUAAAGAAUUGACCUCCAAACACGACAAAUUGGUUUCUGAACGUGAUGGUUUGGCUAGUGAACAUAAGCAAUUGACCAGUGAACAUGAUAAAUUGACUUCUGAAAAUGAUAAGUUGAUUUCCGAGCACGGUAAAUUAGUUUCCGAGCACGAUAAGUUGGCUUCUAAGCAUACUGGAUUGACUUCUCAACAUAAGGAAUUCAUCUCUAAACAUGAUGCUUUUACUGCUCAACAUGAUGACUUGGUUUCCAAACAUGAUAAGUUGAUUUCUGAGCAUGGCGAAUUAAACUCUAAAUAUGACGGGUUGACCACUAACCAUGAUGAAUUGAGCUCUAAGAACAGUAAAUUGACCUCCGAACACGGUGAUUUGAUUUCUAAAUAUGGGGCAUUGAGUUCUCAACAUAAGGAAUUGACUUCGAAACACGAUGCUUUGACUUCUCAAAAUGAUGGCUUGAUUUCUAAACACGAUGAGCUGGCAUUUGAACAUCGUGAAUUGACUUCUAAACUUGAUGAAUUGACUUCUAAGCAUGGUGAAUUAUCUUCGAAGCAUGAUAAAUUAGCCUCUAAACACGAUGAAUUAGUUUCCAAACAUUCCGAUUUGAAUUCCAAACAUGAUGAGUUGAAUUCUCAACGUACCAUCUUACUCUCCAAGCAUGAUGAAUUGGUAUCCAAGCAUAAUGAGUUAACUUCUCAACAUAAAGACUUGGUUUCUAAACAUGGGAAGCUUACUGAUGAACAUGAGGGCUUAACUUCUAAAUUUGAUGAUUUGAAUGUGAAAAACUCGAAAUAUCUUGAAGAAAUGGAGGAAGCAAGUAGAGAAAAGGCUGACUUGGAGAAAAAUAUCACCAAAUUAAAUGACAGAGUUUCUGAAUUGGACGAAAUGAAUGCCCACUAUGUCAAGGAGAAGGAGUUGAAUGAAAAGAAGAUGGAAGAAUUAGAGAAAUCGAAAUCCGAGACUGGAAACACAGUGGAGUCCAUCACCAAGAAGUUACUCGCUUUGGAAGUCACUCAUAAGUUAUUAGCCGCUGAUAAAGAUUCCUUGGAUAAGAAACAUGCUACUUUGAAGUCGGUUCAUAAUGAAGCUAUUGAGUCCAAAUCCCAAAUUGAUAAAGGUAUGAAGUCAUUACAAGGUAAAUACGAUUCAUUAGUGACUUUGAAUGGUGAAUUAGGAAAGAAACUUAAGUCAUCUGAGGCUGAUGUUAAAUCCAAGAUUGACGAGCUCAAGUCUAAGGAUAAUGAAAUCAAAUCUAAGGACAGCGAAAUCAAAACCAUGGAUGGUGAACUUAAUGCCAAGAACGAUGAAAUCAAGUCUAAGGAUAAUGAGAUCAAGGUGAUGUCUGGUGACAUUGAAUCUAAAAAUGCUGAUAUUAAGUCUAGGGAUGAUCAAAUCAAGUCUAAGAAUGAUAAAAUUGAAGCCAAGGAUGCCGAGAUCAAGUCCAAGGACAUUGAACUUAAGAAAAAGAAUGAAGAACUUGAAUCCAAGAACAAUGAAAUUAAGUCUAAGAAUGAUGAAAUCAAGGCCAAGAACGACGAAAUUGAAUCCAAGAAUAUCGAACUCAAAUCUAAACAUGGUGACAUCAAGAUGAAGGCUGAUGAGAUUGAAUCUAGAAACAUGGAAAUCAAGUCUAAGGAUAGUGAAAUCAAGAAUAUGGCUGAGGAACUUAAAUCUAAGAAUGCUGAAAUCAAAUCCAAGGAUACUGAGCUUGAUGCCAAGAAUGUUGAAAUUAAAUCAAAGAUUGCUGAAAUUGAAUCAAAGGUUGUCGAAAUUGAAUCCAAGGAAGGUGAGAUUAAGGCUAAGAAUGAGGAAAUCGAGUCCAAGAUUGCUGAAAUCAAGUCUAAGGAUAUUGAACUUAAGAAUAUGAAUGAUGAAAUUAAGUCUAAUAUUGCUUUGAUUAAGACCAGAGAUGAUGAACUUAAGACCAAAAAUGAUGAAAUUGAAACCAAGAAUGUGGAAAUCAAAUCCAGGGAUGGUGAAAUCAAAUCCAAGAAGGAGGAGAUUGAAUCUAAGAUUACCGAAAUUGCUAGUUUGGGUGCUAUUCAUAGCAAAGCCCUUGCAGAGAAGGAAACAGAACUUGAAAGUUUGUUGAAAAAGACCAAAAUUACUGAAUCCGAACGUGAUUCUCUUGCUAAGGAAAUUGCCGCUCUUACUGCUGCCAAAUCCUUAUUGGAGAAGGAAAUAUCUUCUGCUAAAUCCGAUGUUACUGAGAAGCAGGGCUUGAUUGACAUUCACCAAUCUGAAAUAAAGAAACUAUCACUGGAACUUGACUCGGUUAAAUUCCAGCUUGAAUCAAGAGAUCACGAGAUCAAGUCAAAGGGUGCUGAACUAGCCUCCUUAAAGGAAUCAUCAGAAACUUUGAGUAAACAGCACACGACUACUUCCAGUAAAUUGGCGAAUGUUGGUGGAUUGUUAGCAUCUUUGACUGCUGCUCACGAAUUGUUGAAAAAGGACAACACAAAACUUCAAGAAUCAUACAAUACUUCAAAGGGUUUGGUUGAUAACAACAAGGAUGAAUUGAGUGGAUUAAAGUCAAAAUUAGCUGAAGCUGAAAAGAAAUUGAAUGAUUUGACCUCUGAAUUGAAUGCCAAGAAUGAUGAACAUUUGAAAUUUGUUGAAUUGCAUGAUGCCAAUGAAGCUAAACUUAAGGAUUUGAAUAUUGAAUCACAAAAAAUGAGCUCAUUGCACAAGGAGAAAGAUGAGUCAUUAAUGUUGUUGAAGCAGGAGCACGACCAAUUGAAAACUAGUCAUUCUAAGAUUGAAGCAGAAUUAGCAAAGAAGACCGAUGAUAUCGAGAAGUUGACGGGAGACCAUGCUUCUGAAGCCUCUAAGCUAAUUGCGGAAGUUGAAGAAGGAAAGGCAUUGGUGUUGAAGCUUACCAAAGAAAUUGGUGCUAAGAAUUCCGAAUUGGCAGAUUUGACUAGCUCCCACGCCGAUACUACUAAGGUAAGAGAUAUGGAAUUGAAUGACUUGAAGAAAUCUCACACUGAAAAGCAUGAAUUACUCCAAGAUGAAAUUGCCAAAUUGAAGGAGUCCAGUGAAUCCAAACAAUCAACCAUUGAUGAAAUCAGCAAAGAAUUAGCGGCGUGUAAAUCUACAUUCAGUGAAAACUUGAGUGCUAAACAAAAGGAAAUUGAGGAAUUGAAAAAAUCUUUCAAAGAAAAAGAUGCCAAAUUGGUGGCCGCUGCUGCUUCCAUUACCGAGCUUCAAAAAGAAAUUAUUGAUUCUAAGGUGAAGGAAUCUGACAUUCUUGAUAGCAAUAACGGCUUAAAUAAACAAAUUGAAUCUAUGAAGGCUACCAAUGAACAAUUACAAGUCCAGAUUAAUGAUUUGACUAAGCAAAAGGAAAGAUUGGACAAAUCUGUGGUGGAACUUGAAGAAAGCAACAGAGCCCUCAAGGCCGAUAAAUCUUCUGUCGCUACCAAAUCUGCGGAAAUAGCUGCUGCAUUGGCUGCUUUGAAGACUGCUCAUAGUUCUUUGACCAAUGAUCAUAAGAUGCUAUCCGAUAAACACAAGAGCUUGAAUGACCAACAUACUAGAGUCAAUGAUAAGCGCUCCGAACUUGAUUCUGUUUUGAACUCAUUGAAGACCAAGUAUGCUGCCGUUGAACAAGAAUUGAGUGACGCUAAAAAAUCCGGGGCUCAACUACAAGCCAAAUAUGACGAUAUUGUUAAAGCUAAGACCGCUUUGGUGACAGAAAAGAAAGAAUUGGCAGGUGACAAGACUAAAUUAGUGAAGGAGUUGGAAGAAUUGAAGACAGUUAAUGAAAACAAUAGUCUGUUGACCAAGGAACUUGCUGAGUUGACUGCUGCCCAUGAACAAUUAUCUUUUACCAAUAAAGAUUUGGUAAAACGUCAAGAAGAGUCGGAGAAAGAACAUCAAGAUGCCAUUGAAAAUACCAAGAGCCAAAUGAUGGAAGAAAAGGCGGAAUUGAUGAAGAAAAAUGAAGAAUUGGAUAGUACUAUUAAGGCUUUGACAUUAGAGGUUUCUACAAUUAAGACCACCAAGGACGAAUUGACAAAGAAUAUGGAUAACUUGAACAAGGAACUUGCUUCUAUGAAAUCAACGAAUGAGGAGUUAUCUUCCAAGUAUAAUGCCUUGGAAACUGAAAAACAAGACCUCGUUACUAAACAAGGUUCAUUGGACAAAGAAUUGGGUGAUCACGAAAAUACUAAAUCUCAAUUGAAGGAUAUUACCACCAAAUUGCUUGCGUUAGAAGGCGUUCAUAAGUUGCUUACUAGAGACCACGGGAACUUGAAUGAUGAAUUGGUUUCUAUUAAAGAAUUGAAGUCCAAUAAUGAAUCUGAAUUGGAAAAAUCUAAAGCUUCCACAAAGGAAUUAUCAAGCAAAGUUGAAUCUCUCAAGGUUCAAAACUCCAAGGUACAGGCUGAUUACGACAAAAUGUUUGGGGACUACAAUAAACUCUUUGAUGAUCAUUCUAAAUUGAACACUACUCACAGAGAUUUGAACACCAAGAAUUUGGACUUGUCGUCGGAAGUAGACCAGCUUUCUACAAAGAUUCUUGAGCUUGAGGCUGCUAAUAAAUUAUCCGCGAAGAAUAGGGAUGAUGCCUUUAACUCUAAGGCUGCUGAGUAUGAUAAUUUGCAAGCUUCAAAUAACGAACUUGGUGCCAGAUUUAAAGAAUUGGAACAAAUGAAGGCUUCAUUGGAUGCCAAGAAUGUGGAAUUAUCUGGGGCUAUUGCUUCUUUGAAAGAUGAUAACGCCAAAUUCAUUGAUCAAGGUAAGAAUUCUACUGCUUUGAUUGCUUCUUUGAAAUCCGAAAACUCAAGAUUGCAAGGACAAUUUGAUGAGUUAGUGAAGUCUCAAAAGGAAUGGGAAGUGAAAUAUGCAGAAGUCAAUGAGAAAUUGAAGGAAGCCACUGCCGUUAAUGAGAAACGUACUAAAACUGUCAGCCGUACCCCUAGUGCUGAAGAUUUCGUGGAUGCUUCUCAAGAUUUUGAAGUGAUCAAGUCUGAUGAAGAGAUCCUUAAGGAGAAAGCCAGUGCAUUGAAUAUGAUUGUUGUGACUAGUGAUAAAUACAGAACCAUGAUUUCCAGCGAUGAUAUUUCAAGACCUCAACUUGAAAAAUAUGCCAGAAAACUCAACCUUCUUGUUAUUCCAGACAAAUUCUACGUUGCCACUAAUAUGUUUAAGAUCCCAGAUACCAACAACGUUAUUGUUGUUCCAAAGACCUACUACAAUAAAUUAUCCAAGAACGAAUCAACUGCCAUCCAUAAAGUGAGCAUUGAGAAAAUGAGGGAAGAAGCUCAAAAGAGAGGUUAUAAUUUGGUUUCCUCUACUAUUGAAGAAUCUGCGUCACAAGAAACCGAGAACGACGAAGAAAAUAACGAUAAAGAUACCACUAUCACCCCAACUGCCACCACUACCGAUAGAUUAACCAACAGAAAGUCCAUUCGUUCUUUCUUAGGAAGAAGCCAGACCAAGAGAGAUGAUGCGAGAUCUAUGAUGCCACCUCCAUCCAGAAAGAUAUCCUCCCCACAAAUUAAUGCGCGUCAAUCAAAUUCACAGCUCACGCAUAGAUCUACCAUCUCCACUAGACAUUCUGCCGCCAAUUUCAGCACAAGAAGUGUCACUGGAUUAUCUCUUGCCACCGAGGCUUCUCUCAGUGAACCAAAUAUUAUCGGAGCGGUGACUCAAACCGUUAUUGGUGAGUUCUUGUACAAAUAUUACCGUCGUUUAGGUCCUUUGAGUGUGAUGUCUGAAGUUAGACAUGAAAGAUACUUCUGGGUUCAUCCUUACACCUUGACCUUGUAUUGGUCCGAAGAAAACCCUGUGCUCGGAAAUCCAUCUGAUGACAAGGUUCGUGCUUGUGCUAUUGUUGGGGUCGAGAGUGUUGAAGAUAAUACUCCAUUACCAGUUGGUCUUUAUCAUAGAAGUAUUGUUGUGCAUUCUAGUGAUAGAGAUGUCAAGAUUACCUGUCCUUCAAGAUUACGUCACAACAUUUGGUACAAUUCUUUGAGAUACUUGAUUCAAAGAAACCUCGAUGGUCUAGAUUUUGAAUGA